AUGGCAGGACCUCCACCUCCUCGUCCUCGUAUGCACUACGGUGUUCCAGAACAUAUUUCAAAGUUUGAGACCAAUUUCCACGUCCACCCUCAUCCGGAAGGAUUGGUGUACGUAUUAGUUCAAUCGACCAUCUGGGUCAAUGUGGGGGAAGAAGACCAAAGGGCCCACAAGUAUCGGUCGUGGUACUGUGAUUACUUUGAUAGGCGCAGAGAAGGUCCUAUUCCGGAAGAGGAUGUGCCUUUUGACGUGAUGGAAAAGGCAUUUGGAGAGGGAACAGCCGAUCAAGUGGAUGGAUCGGAGGUGGAAGCACCGGAGGAGGAUGAAGACUGGGGAGCAGCUGAGGAGAUGCUUGAAGAUGAGCCGGCGUCUGAAGCCGAGGAUGAAGCUGAAGAAGAGAAUGAUCUAAGUGAAGAGGAGUCAGAGGAGGAUCAGGAAGAUCCAGAGUAUGACCCAGAUGAGGAUUGA